CCGACUGGGCGGUGCCUCGGGGAAGACGCGCCGUUUUGGCGGGGAAUUGUGACGUCCGUGGAGCCCGGGUCCCUGCUCCGGCCGCGGCCAAUAGAUGGACUGGCAGGACCGCGGGUGCGAGCGGCUGGGUCUCGGGACUCGGGAGAACCGCGAGGCGGGCCAGAAGCUGGAGCGUGGGCACUGGAGGGCUGCCUCCACCGCAACGGCGAGACGGAAGUCCCGCGGCGGCCCGAGCCCGGCUUCCGGGCGGUACCCUGUGCUCUGGGAGCGGCGGUGUCCGGGCUUCCGGCGCUGGCAGGCCCGGCCGCUUGGCGCGUAGAGGCGGGUCCUCACCGGGUAAGAAGAGGAGCUGGAUGAGCCCUUGUGUGGCGCGGGGGGACAGGACCACUCUCCGCCCCGAGGCCGCGGACUCUGGGAGGAACGUUCUUUCAUUGCCUUGCUGGACGCAGGGCAUAACUGUUGACCUGCUUGCCCCGGGCCGGUGGGAACUCAGGCCGUCUGGAUCUCAGUCCGCUGCUGUGUGUGUGAGAGGAAACACCAGACGGCUCGCUACUUUUCUCCGUCCUGGGCGUGACUAGGCGAAAGAGGACUUUAGUCCCUUUCAGGUUUUAACGUUGGGUAGGCCUCAUUAGCAUAUGAAGAUGGCUGCACCUAAAACCUCCAUCCCUUCCUUAGCCGAAUGUCAGUGCGGGAUCUGUAUGGAAAUCCUCCUAGAACCUGUAACCCUGCCUUGCAACCACACGCUCUGUAACCCAUGCUUCCAGUCCACUGUCGAAAAGGCCAAUUUAUGCUGUCCCUUCUGUCGUCGCCGGGUCUCUUCGUGGACUCGGUACCAUACCCGAAGAAAUUCUCUGAUCAAUACAGACCUGUGGGAGAUUAUUCAAAAACACUAUGCAAAGGAAUGCAAGCUUAGAAUCUCUGGACAAGAGUCAAAGGAAAUCAUUGAGUACCAGCCAGUUCGUCUGCUCAGUGAACCUGGAGAGUUGAGGCGAGAAUAUGAAGAGGAGAUAAGCAAGGUGGAGGCUGAGCGACAAGCCAGCAAGGAAGAGGAAAACAAAGCCAGUGAGGAGUACAUACAGAGAUUGCUGGCUGAGGAGGAGGAGGAGGAGAAAAGACAGACAGAAAAAAGAAGAAGUGAGAUGGAAGAACAGCUGAGAGGCGAUGAAGAACUGGCCAGGAGGCUGAGCACCAGUAUUAACAGCAACUAUGAGAGAAAUAUCUUGGCUUCUCCUUUGAGUUCCAGAAAAUCAGAUCCAGUCACAAACAAGUCACAGAAGAAAAAUACAAACAAACAAAAUAACUUCGGAGAUAUUCAAAAAUAUUUGUCACCUAAGUUGAAGCCUGGGACCACAUGGGCAUGUAAGGCUGAGUUCGGAGAAGACAUCUGCAAGUCUAAGGAAUUUUGUUUUCUACAGGAAGCUGACAGUAGUGACACGAAGAGCCCUGUGUUGGAAGACACAGAAAUUGAAAAAAAUAUGCCAACACUUUCUCCUCAGACCUGCCUGGAAACUCAAGAACAAGGUUCGGAGUCUUCUGCAGAGAUAGCUGUGCCACUGCUCUGUGUAGGAGACACUGGGCAGUGCCUCCAGGGAAAAGUUGAACCAGUAUCAACCAGUCCUGAUGAUGUAUGUAUUGUAAAUGAGGAUGGGCCUAGAGCCACAGUUUCUUACUCUAAUGAAGCUGCAGUUAACCCUUCUAGCAAAAUAGAAAAUGAACAAUACUCUGUGACAAGUGUGACCCAGUUAACAGGGGGCAACAGAGUUCCAACAGAGACUAGAAUGUAUCACUUACUAGUUGAAAAAGAGAUUUCCGACCGAGAAAACCAGGAAUCUGUGUUUGAAGAAGUCAUGGAUCCAUGCUUUUCUGCAAAAAGAAGGAAACUAUUCAUAGAAUCCUCCUCAGAUCAAGAAGAAACAGAAGUGAAUUUUACCCAAAAACUGAUAGAUUUGGAACAUAUGCUUUUUGAGAGACAUAAACAAGAAGAGCAGGACAGAUUGUUAGCAUUACAACUUCAGAAAGAGGUAGAUAAAGAGCAAAUGGUGCCAAACCGGCAGAAAGGGUCCCCAGAUCAAUACCAGCUACGCACAUCCUCACCCCCAGACAGGCUGCUGAAUAGACAGAGGAAGAAUUCCAAAGAUAGGAAUUCCCUAAAGCAAACUAAUGCAGAUUGUUCAAAAUCUCAGAGGAACACAAAAGAUAAAUAUUGGGAACCCUUUAAAAACACAUGGAAGGAUUCAGUUAAUGGAAAAAAGAUGCCAACUUCUACUCAAGAUAAUUGUAAUGUAUCUAAAAGUGCCUAUUCCCUACAGCAUAGAAAGUCACAGAGAAGCAUUUUUCAAAUGUUUCAGAGAUAACCGAGCAAAGCAUGGGGAAAGAGUUCUAUAAUCCAGAAACGCUGUAUUGCAAAGCUAACUCUCCUGUCCUAAUGCCCUGAGAUGUGUCAUUAGGUCUGCUCAGCAAGCACUUACUCUUUGAGGUGUGGUUACAAAGGAAGAGUUUACAAAUGUGUUUCUGCAAAAGACAGCGAUUAGGAAACAACCUUGAGAAUUGUUUUUAUUGUCAAUAACUGCUGUGUUCUAAGUGUGACAUCUUUAGAGGUAUAAAAACACCUUGGUCAGGAUGUCUUCAGGUCCCACUUCCCUUUCCAAAACUUUUAUGGGCUUUUUUUUUUUUUAAAUGAAUGGGUAAGGAGUCCACACAGGUAUCUUCCAUAACACUAAUUAGUUAGAGAAAAGCUGCUAGAUUGUUAAUGCAAGGGUUUAAGAGUGAUGGGAUGAGUGGUGAUUGGUAGGUAGGGGAUCGAUGGAACUGAAUGGAUAAUCAGAAACUGGGUUCAGCAUGGACUUCAGGUUUCUUGUGGCAGAACAUUCUCUUUAAUCCCUUUAAGUGGCAGAAAAUAUUUAGAGUUUAUAGCUUUUCCCUCUAUGGCAUCUUGGUGUAAAAGGGCAAAUUGGUAUAUUUUUACUGAUCUUGUCUAGAAGCAAAUAAAUUAUUGUAAUAAAAUGA